UUCGGUGAUCGAUUUGCCGAGAUUCGUAUUGUAACGAUAUUCUACGGAACAACGGAUGCAAAGUCGAUAGCAUCGUUACACGCCGUGGUCGAUAACCGAUUGUGCAUCGUUCUUUUCGAAGCGAGAAAUUGAACUUCGAUAUCUAUAAAAUAAUUCACCGAACCUCGCGUUCCGUGAUAUCGGAAGUAUCCGCGGCAAAUUUGUUAUCGUGCGGAUAUCGUUAUAACGUAGGAAUAAAUUUUCUUAAAAGGGAAAUUGUUUCAUUUAACCGUAACAUUUUAAAUUAUGCAACUAAAGUCCACCAUUUUGAUACGGACAUGAGAAUUCGUGAAUAAUACAUAAUAUAUAUUGAGAAUAUAUCAAAUGCAUUCUAUGGUUUAUCAAAGGCGAUACAUGCCGGUAGUUAUGCAUUUCACGAUAUAAUUAUGGAAAAUAAAUCGUUAACUGUCUCUAACAGUAACAAAUCUGCUACAACGGACGAAACCAAGAGUGAAAUGCAUAUGGUUCUUGCCAAAAUGAUGGAAGAGAAACAUACGUAUACUUAUAAAAAAUUAGUUGUACCAAUGUCAAUGAGAAGUAUAUAUUGGAAAUUUUUUGGAUUUCCUGCCACAGAUGACGGUGAUAUACUUACCAAGGUGAAAAUUGUUUGUAUAUUAUGUAAGACACAAAUUGCAUAUAAUCGUAACACAAGUAAUUUGCGAAUGCAUUUGCAAAAUAAACAUGCUCAAGAGCUAUUGGAAUUGGAAGCGAAUACGCCACCCCGUAGACAGGUACUUUCUCAAGAGGCAAAAGAUCGUAGAGCACAAAAGAGAAAAAUAAAAGCAGAAUUAACUUCUGCCCAGCAUAUAUAUACUACUAAUGCCGAUGGUACUGUUCAAAUUGACGGAGAUAUACAAUUUGUAACGGAUCCUAACAUAAGUUUGUCUAAUAUGGAAGAUGAUAUUGCAAUUGGUCAACCACUGAGAGUGAUGAUCAAAGGUGGUACAAAUAUAGGUAAUAAUAGUCAAAAUGUAGCAUUUCUUAUGCCAGAAGAUAAUACGGUACAUCAAUCUAGUAUAGAUGAUAAAACUGUAUCAGAUGCUAUUGCUGAAUUCAUUAUAAUAGACUUACAAUUACCAGAAGUAGUGGAAGGUCAUGGAUUUCAAAGGCUUGUGGCCACAUUAAGAUCACCUUGUGAAAUUCCUAGUAAAAAUAAAUUAGAGGAAGAAAUAAUACCAAAAAUUUAUGAUACUUUUCGUGAAUCUGUGGCAGCUACAUUAGCAUGCAUGACCAAUGACGUUGGAUUAACAAUUGAGGAAUGGAAGUCAAAUUCUAAUGAAAGUUUUGUUACUGUAUCGGUGUAUUAUCAAAAUGCCGGUGAAACUUCGUUAGAAUGUAAAGUUUUAAGUAGUAUACAUGCACCUUUAGAUUGGGAUAAACAUCAAUGGAAUAAUACCAUUGAUACAUUGUUACUUGAUUGGUAUCUCAAAGUUGAAAGAAUAACAGCUGUAGUUGUGGCAACAUCCAGAACAGAGUUAUUAGCAGCAUUAUCGUCUAAGGGUUUAACAUUGAUUCCAUGCCUCCUUCACACGUUACAAGUCUGUGCACAAGCCUGUUUUGAGAAUCCUGAAGUAGCUAGUAUAUUAUCAAAAUGUAGAACGGUUAUUGGAGCUAUUAUAAAUCAUUCGACUGCUUCUGCGGCUUUGGCUAUGCAAGAACAAAUUAUGGAGCUGGAAGAAAACACUAUGGUGAUGGAUUAUCCUGGCGUUUGGACAUCUACUUACAAUAUGAUGGAACAAAUUGCACUAAGACGUAAUAUCAUUUCAUCUAUAUUGGAAAGUAUAGAAAGCAAUGAACCAGAAGUUAUUGAUUUAUCCCCUGAUCAAUGGAAAAUAGUUGAAGAUCUUGUUAAUGUUCUUGAACCAUUCAAGGUCACUAUUAUGACACUCAGCGAAGAAAAAAUGCCAUUGAUAUCGCUCUUAAGGCCAUUACUUUGGCAGCUUGUAUCAUCUCAUCUUAAAGUAAAAGAUUCUGAUAGCGAAACUGCAAGAUCUUUUAAAGAAUCUCUGUCAGAUAUGCUGUGUGAACGAUAUGCUGAUUAUAAUGUUACUCUUCUUCUUCAAAUUGCAACUACGUUAGAUCCAAGGUUUAAGCAGUUGCCAUAUGCCACAGAAGAAGAUAAAAAUUUAGUUGCAACUCCAAUAAAAGAAAUGUUGACAAAAUUAAUACAAGCAGAAAGUGGAGAUUCAAUUAAAGUUGAAGAAGAACCAAUAAGUAAGAAGAGCAGAUUGUCAGGUAUGGAACUCUUACUUGGUGGCUUGUGUGCAACAAAAAAUGGAAUGCCAGCUGAAGAAAAAGCUGAUCUUGAGUUAGUGCAAUAUCAUUCAGAGUCAACAGCACCCCUUGAUUAUUGCCCUUUGCAAUGGUGGGCCAAAGUAUCAGCAAAAUGUCCAAAUCUUGCAAAAUUAGCAUGUAGGUAUAAUUGUGUCCCUGCUUGUUGUGCUCCACCAGCUCGUAUUCCUGCUGAAGUACAAGUUUUAUAUGAUACAAGACGAGCUGCCUUACCACCUCAUUUAGUUGAUAAAUUACUUUUCCUUCAUGGCAACCAUACAGUGUGAUUAGUCUUAUAUAUUGCUUAUAUGAUCUUGAUAAUAUCAAUAAAUGAUGCCAUUCGGA